UAUUUUUUAUUCUACCUAAUGUAAAUGUAUAACUUUGCCUCAAAAUUGAAUCAGUGUUGUUAAUAAUAUCCUACAUUGUAAAUAAUUGAUACCAUUGAUUGAUAAUUGAUAUGACUCGAUUGUGGAUUAAAGAAACACAUUAAUCAUAAUGUAAUAAAUUUGCAAGGAUUAGGGAAUCAUUCUCUGCAAGGUUAAUACUAACCUGGUGGCGUCGUCCUGUAAUCCAGCUACUAGGAGGUCACGAACUGUGGAUAUUCAUAGGCAUGCACUGUGGAUGCGAUACUCCCUGGUGUGGAUUAACGUCCGCACAGCUAAACCAUGCCUGUAGCCGCGAGGAAAAUUCAUAUGGCGACUAAUUUGACAGAUCUGAGAAAUCAUGGUAAAGUUGAUUUUUCAAAAUGGAAGGACAAACCUUGUGACAGGUUGAUUACAUCUGCCAAAUCAUUGUAUGAGAAAGCAAAUACUAUGUUGAAUGAGGAAGAAGCAGACGAGGAAUUGGCGUAUGUUUUUCUAUUUCGAGCUAUGGAGCUUUGGCAAAUAAUUAUGAAAUCGCCUGAAUAUAUGGAGGAUAAAAAUUAUUUUAAACUUAUGUAUGGUAAAGACAUCUUGAAAAUAACCCAAAUGUUAGAGGAGUAUUCAAGUAAGCUACAAGAAAGGUAUGCAGCUUUAGAAAAUGGGACUGUGAGUAAAGCUGAAGAAUCAUUGAGGAGUCAGUUCAAACUAGCACCGAAUGUUGUGCCGAAGAAAAGGAAAGAAGGAGCAGAUUCCAGCCAUCACACAUCAAAUGGGACCAAGACUCCAAUGAUGAACGACCAAAAAUGUCAUGAUGACUAUAAUCUCAUUUUUAAUUCUGAUUUUAUUGAAAAACCUCAAAGUGACUAUUAUGGUGAAAACAAAUUUAUGAAAUGUGAAGUUUUUAAAGAAAAAGUUUUUGGCUCAAUCUUGGACAUACUUGUCAUCGACAUUCGACCAAAAGCAGAUUACGAAAUGUCAAAAAUCAGCUCAGUCCACAGUAUCAAUAUCCCAGGAUCUUCAAUCAAAGCGGGUAUGAGUGCAAACAAGCUAGGUGAAAUUAUCACUGAGGAAGAAAAGCGAUUCUGGGGUCAACGAGAUCAAUACAAACAGCUGGUGUUGCUGGACUGGCACUCUGAGCCAAAGGAUGUCAUACCUGGCAGUGCACUGCAUACCCUACAUGUCAUCCUCACCAAGUGGGAUCCAGAUUCCAUAUACAAAAAUAAUCCAGCAAUUUUAAAUGGUGGCUUUGAACAAUUUUUGGACACUUAUCCUACUUUCACAACAAAUCCUAAAGUAAAAUGUCCUCUGGAACACACAAGCAGUUCUUUUAUACACUUGAGUGAGCAUAACAUCGAGUACCCAAUGAGUAUUUUGGAAGAGGAGAAGUCUGUCCUGAAGACUACACCUGCCACAGAUAACUCAGACUUGACCUUGCAUCUCAACAGACCAACCAUUGACAGAUCUAAUAAACCGACCAAACUAGCUGAUCAAAUGGACAAACCUCUCAACAACCCAGAUGACGUAAGGACUAGUGAGAAAAAUGUGUCAGUCAUUGAAAAGGACAUUCAGUCUAUUGCCAACAAAAUGGAAGAAAAGGCAGUUGCUCCUGGUAAACCCCAGACUAUAGAGCCUGAUUCAGAACCUUCCUUGCCUAAAGAGAGCAUGCCAGGCAAAUCUGUUAGCCAGAUUCCCAACAAUGUUCCUCCACAACCAGUAACUCCUCCUAGAUCUGAAAGAAAUAAAUCUGUAACUAACAAAGGAAAUGGUGAUGCCAACACUUACCUGGAGAAGACCAAGUUUGAAACACCUCCCAGGGGAGGAGGACUCAAGCGAUCAGCUUCAUCUCCCAGCAUCAACAAGCUGAGUGAUGAGAAGCUGGACAAAUCGUUCGGAACUCCCUCGUUUGACAGGAGCACCAAGCCCAAACAGAUGUCUCCGUAUGACUACCCGUCUAGGUCAGCUGGCUCGGACACUGUCUACUUGACUGACCCUAACAUGAAGGGCCGGGGAUUGACAGGACUUAAGAACCUGGGUAACCUUUGCUACAUGAACUCCAUCAUGCAGUGUAUCAGUCAUACUGUGGCACUGACGAGACAGCUGACAAGGUUCAGCGUCACGGAGAGUCCCAACGGACAGAUAGCCAAGGAAGUCAGCACUCUGCUGAGGACAUUGUGGCAGGGAGACACCCGCACCACCUCCUGCAGAACUCUUAAGUUGAAAGUUGGAGCUCUUCGUCACAGUUUCUCUACCAUGGAGCAACAGGAUUCUCACGAGUUCCUCACUAUCUUGGUAGAUUGGCUCCAUGAGGACCUAAAUCAGCCUUCUCCUAUACUAUCGCUGGAGGGAGCAGAGGAAGCUACUGGUGAGAAAGCUUGGGGAGAGUUCAGACAGAAGAACAAUUCUGUGGUGCUGGACUUGUUCUACGGCCAACUCAAGUCUACAGUCAAGUGUGACCAGUGUCAGACACAGUCAGUGCUGUUUGAACCAUUCUCCAAUCUCUCAAUCCCGCUACCUUCGUCUGUGGAUGACAAGGAUCGAACCUUCUCACUGCAGGAGUGUCUGAAACUAUAUCUUAAAGGAGAGUCUAUCAGUGGCUGGGUCUGCCCCAAGUGUAAGACUGAGAGGAAGGCCACAAAGAAGCUGGACAUUACUCGGCUCCCACCAGUUCUUAUCAUCCACCUCAAGAGGUUCAUGAAUGAUAUGGUGGGAGUUGGCUGGUGUAGAAAACGCAUGAACAUGGUCGACUUCCCCAUCAGUGAACUAGACAUGAAACCUUUCACACAUCCUGAUAGUGAAUUGAGGUUUCACAACUACAACCUGUAUGCAGUAUCCAACCACUAUGGGAGCAUGGAGAGCGGGCACUACACUGCCUACUGCAAGAACCACAUGCUAAACAAGUGGUACAAAUUUGACGACCAGGAUGUAAAUGAGAUUUCUCCUAGUGACGUCAAGUCAUCUGCUGCUUACAUCUUGUUCUAUGAGAGCUCUAAAUUUGAUAGUCGGGAUAUAUUAGACUGAUUCUGAGUUAGGUACCUGUUAUUGUGAUAUACUGUGGGCUGUAUAGCUGCUUGGUCUGUACAAUUAAUGUAAUUAUCUAUAUAUAUAUAUAUAUAUAUAAAUGUACAGUUCUUCCAAAUUACAUAUUUUGUUGUACUUUAUGUAUCUUUCAUAUAUGAAGAUGUUAUAUUGUAUAUAUUAGUUUUUUUCCAAGUUCCACGUUAACCAAGUCCUACCUGAGGUUUUAUGGUUGUCAAAUGUAUUGUAUACUUGAAGUAUACACACUCAUAAUGAGAUAUUGUAUUAUAUCCAUUCCAUUUGAUAUAAUGCUGUUAUAAAUAAUGAUUAUGUCAAACAAUAUGCAGUUAUUGAGUUUACUCCUUUGUAAUUUUAUAGCAAUAAUAAAAUUUACACCACAAAGUUACUCUGCAACAGUGAUACUCUGUUUGAUUAUAAACCUUUACUUUUAGUUUAAGGUGUUAAAACUUGUGCAGUCUAAAGCUUUAUUUGGAAUUCAAAAUAAUAUUCUUCUUAACAUUGAUUUGUGACUUUUGACUUUUUUGUACAAUGUUAUUUCAUGAAGCCAUAUUUAUUUUGUUAUUGCUAUCAAAUAAAAACAAAUAGUUUUGAAGUUUUUUGUUAAAACAACCAAGUUUAUGUAUAAUCAUAUAUACAUUAAUAUGCAUUCAUCAAAUAGUAGUAAUCUGGUUUAAUAGCCAUAGAGAUAGUAUUUAUUUUACAAACUUUAUUGUAUCCUGGGUAAUAUAUGCUAUGUUCAAUGACUACAUUUUGGAAGGUUUGAAAACGGGGUUCAUUGACAAAGAAAGAAGGACAAGACUUCUACUCUACAGAUGAUAAAGGUUUAAAAUAACAAUGUCAAAUCAGUGACAGUACACUUUUGUCAGGAAAUAGUCUUUUUCACAUAACUCUCCAUAAAAACAUGUUCAAAGUCUAACUAUUUAUUUAAAACAUGUAUUUAAGUGUUUGAAAUUGUCAUUAAUACACACAAACACUUCUUAUAAUGGGUAAAAAUUACAAUUUAAAAAGAAAAUUCAAUAUGUGGGGUUCAAGUGUGUAGCAAGUAAAUUGACUUGGAUAUAUUUCUGUUUUAGGAAAAUUAUUUUCAAGUAACCCAAGAAUUUUACCCUAAAACAAGUUUUACAGCUGAAUUGUCAAGUCUUGAGUAAUGUAAGUUAUUCAAGGAAUGUUAGUAAUUUCUCUGCCCGUGGGACUAAAAGAAAAUAUCACAUUUACUUCUGGUUUAAACUCUGUUGGUAUAAAUUUGUAUGGAUAGCUAACCAACCUUAAUUUUGUUCAUUUAAUAAUUUAACUUAACUUAUUAUAACUAAGUGGUGUUCAAUAUAUAGUGUUACAAAAAAUAUAAGUCUAACUAAUUUUCCUAUUUUAAGUGUUGUUUAAUUGUUUACAAUUAGUGUUACUGUUAUAAAUAACUUAUUAUUGAAUAAGUACAUUUACUAUUAAAGAGAUUGGUUGUGUUUUUUGGUUACCGGAUCCAAAAAGAAUUUGUGGCUCAAUGUGUUUUGCAAAAUGAAGACGAAUGCAAUUUCUGUUUUAUUGAAAUAAGAUUAAAAAUAUAAUUGGGUUUUUAAUUCUAAAAAUGUGCCUUUAUUGUAAAGAUAUAUCCUUAUUAGUAGGCUAAUAUUUGUUAUUUUUAAUUUGCAGUUUUUCUACAAUCUGCUCUAGAUUUUUCUUUUGUGCUUUAUUUACAUGUUAUAAACAAUUUCUCUCAAUAAUGUCCACUGAACAAAGAAGUGGUGACUUGUUAUUGAUUUAACAUUACUUCGUGACAAGAUGCUGUAAAUAUAUGUUAUGUCGGUAUAUGUUUUAGUGUACUCUACAUUUCUCUGUAUAGUAAAAUAAAAAGUUUAUGAAGAUUA